UUCAAAGUCGCCUUGGUACGUAAUAUUCUUGUAACGAACAUAUCAACGUAUUUAAAUUCCCAGCCAAUUCAAGAAUCUCGCCCACCCAUUCCCUCCAAAAAUGGCAGACGCCCUUCCUCAGCAACUUUCCCUCUUCCGCUCCCUGAUCGAAACUAGAAGAUUCGACGACGUGACUCUACGAAUUCUCGGAUCUGUUUUGGUUUCUAAAUCUUUAAAAUCGCUGAAGGAAGUGCAAUCGAGCUUGAGAGUGUUCCUGAGAGCCGAAUCUGUUCCCGUCAUUCGGGAAAUCGUCGAGAAACCUGUCGAUCAGAAGCUUCUGAUUCUUGAGUUUUUGGUCCACGCGUUCGCUCUAAUCGGUGAUGUUGAGAGCUGCUUGGCUUUGAGAUACGAGGCUUUGCAUAUGCGUGAACUCGAGUCCGCAAGUUGCCAAUGGCUAGAAGUUUCGUAUUUGGAAUGGCUAAAUUUUGCUGAACUCUCACUGGACAAUGGUUUCUGUUCAAUUGCAGUGAAGGCAUGUGACAAUGCACUAUUAUGCCUUAAAAUGAAUGAUACUGCAAACCCCAAAACCAAUGCAGUCUCUGGUAACUUUCAAGCUUUGGACAGAAUAAAGAGACUUAAAGAUUUUGCCAUGACAUCAGCUGCUUCACGCUCUGUUAAGGCGCAGGCUGCAGAAUACUCAAAUAAGAAGAGCGCUGAGAAGAGCAUCAUGCACCCUGCACCUUGUGAGGAGAAAAGAUGUGCAGCAAGCACUAUGUUCAGAAAUGGAAUUAAAGAGAGGAAUUUACGAAAAUUGCAAGACCUGCGACGAAUUACCAGUGCAUCGCACACCAUUCAACUUUGAGGCCAAUGUUGGUUGUGUGCUUCUUGGUCAGCUGCCACUUGAGCUCGAACUACCUGGAACUUCAGAGGCUGCCAUUGUUCAGAGACCAUUGCUAGCUACCACGUUUGAUUUCUCUAUUCGCAUCUCAAGAAUCGAAUCUUCCAUAUCACCGAAGUGCAUUCAAUGUUUGCAUUGGAGCUCUCGCAUGUUUGAUUUCUCUAAGACGAUAGGUGUAUGUGAUAAGGUUGAGCUUGUUAUUGUAAGAAUAAUAUGAAAUUGGUGGUGAUGCCCGCACGUUACAACUUACAGCCCACGCCUAGGAAACAACCGAUCGGGUACUAGUAGUACUACUUCAAAGUUGAUGGUUUUAUUUCUGAAAUUUUCGG